UGGUAGGCAUCUCAAACGGAGGGGUGCAGUAAUGUUGAGUCUACGCUGUCAAAACAAAGAAGAAGAAAAGCGGGCAGCCUCCCACUGGCCGCGAAGAAGAGACACGGAGAAAACAUGGCUUCUCCUGUAGGUUGUGAGCAUUAUGCACGCAGCUGCUUAUUGAAAGCGCCUUGCUGUGGUAAACUGUACGUGUGUCGGCUGUGUCAUGACGCAGAGGAAAACCACCAGAUGGAUCGCUUUAAAGUCAGGGAGGUGCAGUGCUCUGCGUGUCAGACAGUGCAGCAGGCACAGAAGACCUGCCAGCAGUGCCAUGUGCAGUUUGGGGAGUAUUACUGUGACAUUUGCCACUUGUUCGACAAGGAUAAGAAGCAGUACCACUGUCAACCCUGUGGAAUAUGCAGGAUUGGGCCCAGGGAGAAGUAUUUCCAUUGUGAGAAGUGCAAUCUGUGUUUAGCCCAGGAUCUACGGGGAAACCACAAGUGUGUUGAAAAUGUGUCAAGGCAGAACUGCCCAGUGUGUAUGGAGGAUAUUCACACGUCCAGAAUUGGGGCUCACGUUCUUCCAUGCGGCCAUCUUUUACACAAGACCUGCUUUGAUGACAUGGUCAGAACAGGAGCGUAUCGCUGCCCUCUGUGUAUGCACUCUGCCUGGAACAUGGAGGACCACUGGGAUCAGAUAGACAUAGAGAUCGCUCAGUCACCGAUGCCCACUGAAUACCAGGGUGCCACUGUCAAAAUAAUAUGUAAUGACUGCCAAGCCCACUGCGCGGUACCUUUCCACGUGCUGGGCAUAAAGUGCAGCGGCUGUGGCUCCUACAACACAGCACAGGAGGGAGGACUCAUCCAGCCGCCUCAGCAACAACAGUCAGAGCAGGACACUGAGAAUGAGGCAGAGACUGACACAGAGCCCGAACAGCAAGAUCAACCUGAGUCACCCACAGCACAUUAGUGUUGCAGCCAAUCAUUCAGUGACAUUGAGCUGGAGCAUCUCACCAGUUGUGAUUGUCUUCUGUUAAGUUCAGGAACUGUUCCAGACAUCCUAUUGAAAUGCUCUUUGUUUGAACAAAGGUGUGUCCACUUGUCAUAUACACUAAACCUGCCUGCAAAGCUAUAUGUACCACUCCACCAGGCUUGAAAAUGUGUCAGACACAACUGAAAAUGAAAAACUAGCCUCAGUUAUAAGUCCACAUGAUUAAUAUCGUCUGCACAAUCACUUAAAAAUGGACUGAGUGAAAGGGAAGGAGUCACAGGGCAUAUGUGCAGUAAACGAACCUCAAAAAGAUGCAGAUGUUUCAGUCCGCGUGUGGACCAUCCUCAGUGCAGCAUCUGCACCUCCUGUACUUUUCAGUUUCUGCAUGUGAGUCAAAGAUUAAACAGUAUUUUUCUACAUCUGACUUAAUUCCUGAGUGUGGAUCUAAUUUUCCAUCACCUCUUUGAUCAGAAAUUGAUGCUAAUUUCAACUGCAACACAUGCAGCAAUCAGAUGUCUCCCUCUCAUAACAGACAUGUCCUACUGUAGUUUUUGGUACAGCUGCUGUGACAAAUGAUCCUUUGUUACUUGCAGAUGUGAAGUGUGGUUAUGUUUACAAUGACAGUAAUACAAACUCCCAAU